UAUAUAAACAUAGUCAUAAACCCGAUCUGCUAGGCCCAUACGUCUUAAAUCAUCUUCAACCCCUCGUUUCCUCUCUACACCCCUGCAAAGUGCACACUACAGAAAUGGCGAUGGUUUCAUCACUGCUGUGGAUUCCCAACUACAGGGGCAUUGUUGUUGUCCCUGUCACCAUACUACGAACACUAUCUGCGGCCACCAGCCACCGCCACUACAACCGCCAAAAAAACAAGAGGUUUGGCUGUUCAAACUGGGAUUCCGACUUGAAUUUUUACCAGAAAAACUGUAGCAGAACCUUUGCAUCUGAUUCUGUGGCUUCUAUAGCUAUCACGUCGAAUCUAUCUACCCCCAUUUCCAAAUGCCAUGUUGAAUAUAAUCGUUUGCUUCCAUGUCCAACUGAGAAUUUUCUACCAAGAAUUGAGCAUUUAGUUGUUAAAGAAGGAGGACCUGUUCUUGAUUUCAUUACCAAAGCUCUGGAUCUUCCACCUUUGUAUGUUGCAGAUCUGAUAGAUUUUGGAGCAGUGUUCUACGCGCUUGUAUGCCCAAAGCCUCCUUCAACUGCUACACCUGAGGAAAUCAAGUUGUUCAAACAAGUUACAGACCCUUUGGUUCUCAAAAAGAGACAUUCAAUCAAAGGAAAAACCCUAAGAGAGGCACAAAAAACUUUUAGAAUUACUCAUAUUGAUGAAUUUGUUGAAGCAGGGACAUACUUGAGGGUGCAUGUUCGUCCAAAACGAUUUCCGAGAUGCUAUGAAAUUGACUGGAAGUCAAGAAUAAUUGCUGUGACAGAGUCGUAUGUGGUUCUUAACAAACCAGCUGGCACAUCAGUGGGUGGAACUACAGACAACAUUGAAGAAACAUGUGCAAAUUUUGCUACUCGUGCCUUGAAAUUAACUACUCCAUUAAAGACAACUCAUCAGAUUGAUAAUUGCACAGAAGGCUGUGUUGUGCUAGCUAAAACCAAGGACUACUGCUCAGUUUUUCAUAGAAAGAUCAGGGAGAAAAAAGUGAAGAAGCUUUAUCUUGCACUUGCUGCUGCUUAUGUGCCACCUGGACUCAUGACUCAUUACAUGCGACCAUUUCGUAUGGCUCCAAAAAUUGUUUCCCAAGAGUUGAUUCCGGGAUGGAAUCUGUGCCAAUUGGAGGUCCUGGAAUGCAGGAAAGUUCCAUGGCCAAAUGCUUGGAUUGAAGAAGAGAAUGGAAUUCAGGAUUUGAAUUGGCCGAAUAAAGACUUUGCAUUCGAGUGCAAAAUCAACCUUUUGACUGGUCGUACUCACCAGAUUCGAGCUCAGUUGGCAGCUUGUGGUGCACCUCUAGUGGGGGACUCGAUGUACAUGCCAGCUGUAAUUUCAGAGCUAGCUAAUCCCGGGCUAAACCCUGUUAGGAAUGGGAAGUACAAAAAGGAAUUUGAAAGUGAGGCGGAUAGAGAAUCCGCUAUUGAAGAAUGGGCUACAAAACACGGGAAGGAACCUGGUGUGAGUAUUGGUCUUCAAGCUUCUCAAAUUUCAUGGGAUGAUGAUGAAGAUCAACGACACUUGUAUCAGGCAGGACCUCCAUGGUGGACUCAAUAG